AUGCAAUCGAAUAAUAAAGAAGCUCGAAUACUUUUAGCUAUUGAGGCUAUUCAAAAAGACAAAAAACUCAGUAUUCGAAAAGCUGCCAAGCUAUAUAAUUUACCAUAUACAACACUCAAUCACAGAAUGAAUGGUUUUACUCCCCGCGUCGAAACUCGAGCGAAUUGUUAUAAUCUUACAAAGUUAGAAGAGGAGGUGAUUGUUCAAUAUAUACUUGAUAUGGAUAGUAGAGGGUUUCCACCUAAAAUUAAAGGUGUGGAAGAUAUGGCGAAUUAUAUUCUUAAAUUAAGAGGUGUGAAGAAAGUUGGAAAGCUUUGGGUUCAUCGAUUCGUAAAGUGUCAUAUAGCAUUAAAGAUGUGUUUUAGUUGUGUUUAUGACUUUCAGAGAGCUCUCUGCGAAGAUCCCAAGUUUAUUGGAGAAUGGUUUCGAUUGGUAUCGAAUAUGCGAGCAAAAUAUAGUAUUCUCGAUUGCGAUUUCUACAAUUUCGACGAAACCGGCUUUAUGAUGGGUAUAAUAUGUCCCGGAAUGGUUGUAACUAGUGCUGAACGAAAUGGCAGAAGCAAGGCAAUACAAUCAGGCAAUAGAGAGUGGGCUACAGCGAUUAUAUGUGGUAAUGGGGAGGGUGAAACUAUACCCCCAUUUCUGGUGGUUCAAGGACAGGUUCAUCUUUCCAAUUGGUAUACCGAAACCGAUUUUCCUGCGGAUUGGGCUAUUAAACCUACUUCCAAUGGAUGGACAAACAAUGAGACAGGUUUAGAAUGGUUGAAACACUUCAAUAAGCAUACUCUGAAUCGAAGAAAGGGCAAAUAUCGAAUGUUGGUGUUGGAUGGGCAUGAAAGCCACGAAUCUGUAGCUUUUCAGUCAUAUUGCAAGGAGAAUGACAUUAUAUGUGUCAAAUUACCACCGCAUUCAAGUCAUUUAACUCAACCACUUGAUAUUGGCUGUUUUAGCAAUCUGAAACGUUCAUAUGGUGGUCAAAUUGAUGAAUUUAUCAAGGCACAUGUCAAUCAUAUAUCAAAGGUUGAAUUCUUUGCAGCUUUCAAAGCUGCAUAUCAAGAAUCAAUUACAGCUCAGAAUAUGAAAUCAGGAUUCCGAGGAACAGGUCUAAUACCAUUUAAUCCUGAAGCUGUACUUUCGAAACUAGAUAUUCGAAUUCAUACGCUUACCCCUCCUCCUUUCGAUCCAGAUAUAUGGAUCUCUCAAACCCCUCACAAUCCAACUGAAGCUCUUUCACAAUCAACUUUAGUAAAAUCUCGAAUAACUCGUCAUCAAUCAAGCUCCCCUACACCUAUAUUUGAGACUGUACUAGCUCUAGCUAAAGGUACAGAGAAAUUAGCUCAUGAGAAUACACUUUUAAAUGUAGAGAUUCGUACACUUCGAAAGGCAAAUAUAGCAUUAAGCAAACGUCGAUGCGCAAAAAAAACUCAAUUGCGUCAAGGAGGAGUACUUACUGGACAAGAGGCUGCAGAUAUAUUAUCUCAACAAGAGGUUGAUAUUCAGAUUCAACGCGACGAGCAUCAAAAAGGGGGGAAUUCUAAUGGGGAAGCAUCUUCUAAUCGAUGCUGUAGUAAGUGUGGAAAAACAGGACAUAAUGCAAGAACUUGUCAAAACAGUGUAAUAGAUCCUAGAUUAUUAGAUUCUUAA